AUGGAAACGACAAUGAAUUUCCCUCCAGGUGACGGAAUGGUCGCAGUGCAAGGCAAAGUCUAUCACCGGAUCCGUCCCGGCCAUGACAGCUCCAGCAUACGCUGGAUUCUAUACGACGGCAUGCUCAAAGACGCUGCACCUCAUGCCUCCUACAUGGAAGACAUGCUGCUGGGUUGGGUUUCGGCAGUCGCUAAAGCAUUGCUUCGUGUUAACCCCUUCGCUCGCGCGCUCCGGUACCUUUCAUACAUUCCUGUGAAUAUAUGUCCUUCCGCGGGAAUUGCUCUCGAGGACACUGGGACCGCUGCCGAGAUUGCAGCAAUAUUUGUAUGGGAUAAUACUGUCAUGGCCGACAUUCGCAGCCGCCGCAUUAUUGUGAAUAGGGAGGACACCAGCGUGAACAUACCCAUCCCGACGGUUAGCCGCCUGUGGGAACCCCUCGCAUACCCUCUCCUUUUCCCUCACGGAACGCUUGGAUGGGGAGUUGUCGGUGAUGGAAGAGAUUUACGGCAUGACCAGCGGGAGCACGGUCUCCUCAGUGCCGAACAUGACUCCCCGACAUCUCAGAUUUGGCACUAUCGGGCUCGGCUCCUGCGAGAGGAACGUUUCCAUAUAUUCGGACGCCUUGCGAAUGAGUAUAUCGUUGAUAUGUUCACCAGGAAUUUGGAAUGUCGCUUG